GUGAGGUUUCUCGCAGGCUUGAGCGGGCGGGUUUCCUGUGCCAGGAUGAAACAGGUGGAGAUUUUAGAUGAUAAAACCAAAGAGCAGCUGUGUUUUCUGGACAAGGUUGAGUAUCACUCUACUAUUGGUGAUAUAAAGGGACUUUUCCACAAAGUGUAUCCGCAUUGGUAUCCAGCGAGACAGUCUCUCAGACUCCACCUCAAAUCAGAAGAACUCCGAGACGAUGAGUUGUUACACAGUUUACCAGCCGGUGUGACGGUCACGCUGUACUUCCGAGACCUGGGCCCUCGCUUCGGCUGGACCAUGGUUUUUCUGUCGGAGUAUGUAGGACCACUCCUGAUUUACCUGCUCUUCUAUUUCCGUCUUCCCUACAUCUACACUCAUACACACUCCCUCACUGCUCCCAGCCCCCAUCCUGCGGUCAGUCUGGCAUGUGUGUGUCAUUCUCUCCAUUACAUAAAGAGGUUGAUGGAGACAGUAUUUCUGCAUCACUUCACCCACGGCACUUUACCUGUUGUGGUCAUCAUAAGAAACUGUGUGUAUUACUGGGGUUUUGCCGCAUGGUUGGCGUAUCACAUUAAUCACCCUCUGUACACUCCACCAUCAUAUGGACGACUGCAGGUCGGCUGUGCACUUGUCAUGUUCACGCUGUGUGAGAUGGGAAAUUUCUCCAUCCACUGGUCACUAAACACCUCUGGAGGAGAUGGAGGCGAAAUAUCGAAGUUAUCCUCAUCCCUCAAAAACCCCUUCACUUGGCUCUUCUUCUUUGUUUCCUGCCCCAACUAUACUUAUGAGGUCGGGGUGUGGGUGAGUUUCUCCAUCAUGACCCAGUGUGUUCCAGUCGCUGUCUUCACCCUGGUCGGUUUUGUUCAGAUGACGAUAUGGGCGAAGUGCAAGCAUAAAACUUACACCAGGGAAUUUAAGGACUAUCCUGCUCUCCGUAUGUCCAUCCUCCCAUUUAUCCUGUAGCCCUGCAAACACACCGAUCUUCUGAAAGCACCUUCUCCAACUCUUCCUCCUUAUACUUCAUCACUGUUGUGAUGAUGAUGGUGAUAAAGAUGAUGAUGACAAUA